AUGGAUCCGCUCAAUACCAUCAGUGCAACGCUCGCGCUCGUUGGGACUGUUCAGGCAGCCUAUCAAACACUCGACAAAAUUUCCAAUUUGCCGAAUGCCUUCAACGAAAUCAAGGCUAGACUUCCCCUAGUCGAUCCCUUGUUAAAUGAUGCCAUGGACGCUCUCAAUGACACUACGCUUUCGGAAGAGGAAACCAAGGCAAUCCUCGCGGUCAUUACCCCCUGCAAUGAAGCGGCUGUAAAAAUGAACUGCAUAUUCCGUGAAGUUCGGUCCAAAUGCGAAAAGGACCAGAACGCAAGAAGCUGGGACAUUGUUAGCCCUCUAUACCACAAAGCCCUGCGCGGCAAAGGGGCACAUCGGGCAGAGAAGCUCAUGCGCACCAUUUUUCAGGGCCUGGAGGAAAUGGCUCAGCAACGAGUGUUCAAAACCGCGAUGCAGAAGGAUGUCAAAGCCCUCGAGGAGGCUAUCGAGGGGCUGUCCAAGGUGGAACCCUCUUUACCAGACGCCGAUUUUGAGGCUGGAGGCACUAACGUGACGCAAAACAAUGCUACAGGGGCUUUCGGGCAGCUGAACGCCCCGCGCGGAGGCCACAAUGUUUACAUCAGUGGGCAAUAUGCAGCUCACACGCUGAACAUUGGUAAGGGACCUGAAAUUUCCCGUUGA